AGUAGAGACGCGUGAAGGGUAAGCGAACGCGAAGGCAAUCAAAGGACUGACUUCUCCUGUCCGCACUGAUCGUCGUCUUCCGGCCUCCACCGACCCUUACGCUCUUACCUUCUCCAUUCGACCCUCUUCACGAGCCGGAUUCCUUGUUCGCCUGCAAGAUCCCUCGUCCCGUCUGGUCUCCUCAAGAUCUAGGUGUCGCCUGCGUACCGGGGGAUUCAUGUUUGUAGGUUUUGGUAACUCUUUGAUGCUCGAAAUGUAUGGAAAUUUAUUUGGUUUUUAGAAGCAUUUGAAGUGGUAAGUUGAAUCGCGGAUCUUUGGUUCAUCAGAAAAUGGCGGAUGGAUCGAAAUUUGCUGCGAUUAUUGGUGGCGGGGUUGGAGGAAAUGUCGUUGGGAAUGGGUUUUAUGAUAUGGAAUUUUACCAAAAGCUGGAUGAGGGUUCUAACAUGUCGAUAGAUAGUGUUAGAAGCCUUCAGACGAGCAUUGAUGGUGGGUCGGCUGCCAUGUCCUUGGAAAACAGCAGUGUCGGAUCGAACAACUCUAGGACUGGAAUACUUCACCAUACUGGACUCCGUCUAUUCCCGGGUGUCAAUUUCUCCGUGGGGCAUAGCGUGCUGAGACCUGGUAGGGUCUCUCAUGCUAUGAACGAAGACGCUUUGGCUCAGACCUUGAUGGACCCACGGUAUCCUACAGAGUCUCUCGAGAACUAUGAUGAAUGGACCCUAUAUCUAAGGAAGUUGAAUAUGGGGGUGGCCUUUGCUCAGGGUGCUUUUGGGAAGCUCUACAAGGGUACUUAUGAUGGACAAGAUGUUGCUAUUAAGCUGCUGGAAAAGCCUGAGAAUGAUCUUGAGAGGGCAUUGGUCAUGGAGCAGCAGUUCAGGCAGGAGGUUAUGACGCUCGCAAAUCUCAAACAUCCAAAUAUUGUCAGAUUUAUUGGGGCCUGCAGGAAGCCGAUGGUCUGGUGCAUUGUGACAGAGUAUGCAAAGGGUGGAUCAGUGAGGCAAUUUCUUAUGAAGAGGCAGAAUAGAUCAGUGCCUCUAAAGCUGGCAGUCAAGCAAGCAAUAGACGUUGCCAAGGGGAUGGAGUAUAUUCAUGGCUUGGGAUUCAUACACAGGGAUCUUAAGUCUGAUAAUCUACUUAUAUUUUCAGAUAAAUCAAUUAAGAUUGCUGACUUUGGGGUUGCUCGUAUUGAGGUUAAAAGUGAAGGAAUGACACCUGAAACUGGAACUUAUCGAUGGAUGGCUCCCGAAAUGAUACAGCAUAGACCAUACAAUCAGAAAGUUGACGUGUACAGCUUUGGCAUUGUUCUCUGGGAGCUUAUAACUGGAAUGCUCCCUUUCCAGAAUAUGACAGCCGUCCAGGCAGCAUUUGCUGUUGUGAACAAGGGAGUACGUCCAAUCAUACCGCAAGGUUGCCUCCCUGCACUUAGUCAGAUCAUGACCCAUUGCUGGGACCCUGAUCCUGAUGUGCGCGCUUCCUUCUCCGACAUUGUUGGGAUGCUAGAGAGUGCAGAAAAAGAGAUUGUGAAUAGUGUUCGUAGAGCACGGUUUCGUUGUUGCAUACAGCCAAUGACCUUUGACUGAAGCUUUAGUGAGUGAAAGUAACAAGUGUUUCAUGCAAUGAAGAUUUUUGGACUGCAGAUAGAUCAGAUAAAACUUAUUGAAAUGAGUUUUUUUGGUAAAAUUGCCUUUUACGGACUCAAAUUGUUCAAAAUAUGCUCAUGGAUAAUGUACGGAGUAAAUUGGUUCUCAUCUGUCUGAAUAGUAGUUUGGCUUUCUGUUGAAUAGCUACAAACCAAUGUAUAUCAAUUUAGAUUGUGUAAGUGUUGAGUUCCCAAAUCCAGUUAGCUCUGGUGACACACAUUAUUCUUAUAUUUGUGUAUUCUCUAUUCUUAUGAACACGGGAGGCAUGUUGAACUUUAAUAUA